ACUGCGGCCACCGUAGGCAGGCUGCAAGAUGGCGGCUUCCAUCUUCACGGGCGCCGUGAGAGCUGCCUCAGGAAUAUUUCGUCCCUUGAAUGUCUUGGCAUCUUCAACCUAUUGGAACUGUGCCAGGAAUGCCUGUCUCCGUUCUGCACUGUGCAACAUUCAUUUUAGACAUAUUCAGAUGUCAGUCGUUUCCUCUGCUCCAAGACUUGUCACAUCUGUUGGGCACUUGGCAUAUGGGCACACUGCAACAGUCCUUAAUAGAGUGGCCACAUUGGUUCCCAGUGUCCUGAAGCCGCCAGUCAGAGCUCUGACAUACUGCAGCAAACGCAAAGGCAAGAGAAAGACGGUAAAGUCGGUCGUGCAUCGCUUCCUCCGACUUCACUGUGGCCUUUGGGUAAGGAGAAAGGCUGGCUAUAAAAAAAAAUUAUGGAAAAAGUCAACUGCAAGAAAGAAGCGCUUGAGGGAAUUUGUGUUCUGCAACAAGACCCAGAGUAAACUCCUAGAUAAAAUGACAUCACCUUUCUGGAGGAGGCGCAACUGGUACGUUGAUGAUCCUUACCAGAUGUACCAUGAUCGAACAAACCUGCGAGUAUAGUUCAAAGCUAUCAGAGUUCCCAGCUAUGGAAUGUGUAUCUCUGUGUAUGUGAUGUCCUUGCAAAAGUGAGUUUGCAUUAAACUGUAAACUGUACCAGCUGAUAGGCAAGCCUGGGUUACCACUGAUGUGCAUUAAACAUUCUCAAAGUUGGUCAUAGAACUAAAAGUUAAA